CCCCCUCCCUUUCUUCUGGUUGAGGGAAUAAAAGCAUGGUGUUGUUGUGUGUGAAGCAGAUCAGACCUUCAGACUCACAGAACCAUCAACAUGUCCAUCAGCUCCAACGGGAUUAUGUCUGAGCUGAAGAAAACAGGGAGAAAAGGACAGAAAGCUGAAGCCCGAACAGAGGAACCGCCGGCGUACGAAGCUGACGUUCCUGAACCCGGGAGCAGAGACGAGCUGCUGAAACACUGGAUUCCUCUCUCUCUGGAUGACAGAACGGCUCAGAAGCUGCUCUGGAUCUCGGAGGGCGGAGCUAAAGUGUCCCGGAUGUCCGAGCAGCCGUGUCCCGUACUGGACCGACCGGAGAGAUUCGAGGUCGCUCCUCAGGUGGUUUGUAAAGAAGGGUUCCUGGGUCGCCGUGGUUACUACGAGAUGGAGUACGAGGGCUGGGUGGUGGUCGGGGUGGUGUACACCAGCAGCGGGCGCAAAGCUAAAGACGGAUCGUGCGGCCUGGGCGAGAACGAGGCGUCGUGGGCCGUGGGCUGGGCCGGAUCUUAUUACCAAGCCUGGCACGACGGAGAGAGCACCGAGAUCCACGGAAACCACGGCAACACCAUCGGCGUCUACGUGGACCAACCGGCCGGCGUGGUGGCUUUCUACUUGGUGGAGGGAGAACCGAGAGAGGCGAGGCUUCUGCACCGGUACAAAACCACCUUCAAGGACGAGCUCCUGCCCGGAGUCUGGGUGGGGCAGAACUCCUCCUGCUGGAUCCGUAAGAAGGACUAGAGAGGAAGAGGAGGGAGAGGAACACGGCUGCAGUCUCAGUCCUGCAUUCUGUCUGGUCCACAAGGUGCGGAUCCGUUAUCUAGAGCGGCGGCUCGCUGGAAAACGAACGCCGGCGUUUCCACGGUAACGGCAACAGGACCUCGUGACUCGACACCUGACAGUGAAGACCGAAGACUUUUUUUUGUUCAACAACAAACGAUCAGUUUUAUUGAAAACAUUUGUUUAAACACUGAACACAUGGUGUGAAAUGUGCAAGAGUGACAUCGCCGUCAUCGUCGUCUCCGACGGUCGUAACCCAGACGCUACACUACCGUUAACGUGUUAGCAAAAAAAAAAUAAUAAAUCACUUCAAAGAAAAGUAGCAUAGUGUCGCUUCCUAAAGAACGUAGUGUUUAUUAACCUCCCGUCUCGUCUCUCUCUCUUUCUCCCUCCGGAUCAGCAUCGGUGUGUAAAUUAGCUUCAUUCAGCAUCAGCUACAGCUAUGAAGGCGCCACGUGUCCAAUAUUAGUGUUUCUCGCAUACGACAGCUUGAAAUGUCACGUGACCGAAAGCGAGUGGUUGGACGACGAGAUCCGAGAUGACUACGAUGCGAGCGAACAUCCAGCUAACGUUACACUAAUGAUCUUUUUUUCAUAAACGGGUUUCAUUGCUAGCAAGACUAGCAUGUGUGCUAGCUACGCCUGUAGCAAGAACGGUAAAUAAAAGCUCUUUUUGAUUUAUUCCUUUUCCCAGAUGCACGUCUGUAACAUCUACGAGAGACGCUCACACUUAAGAUUUCGAUGUGGACGUCCUCGGUGUCAAACGCAUCAGACUCGUCAUCGUUCCGCGUUCACGUUCGGAUAAGUAAAGCGUGAAAAGUCCCACCUGCCUUCUCUGUGCCCGAGUUCACAAGGACAUUUUUUGGUGAGGCAAAAGAAAAAGAAAAAAAAAGAAAAAACACGUCACUGAUUUAUUGUGGGCGGUGCCUGAGGUUAAAGCUCCGCCCCCUGAAAGUCAUGAAUAUUUAUAUAUAAUCAGUGAGGCGAUAUGUCAGGAAAUAUCUCACCGCCAUGCCUGAAGAUGAUCUGAUGAUAGAGAUAUGAACGCAAUGUUGUAAAAAAAAGAUCUAAAGUGUGGUUUAUUAAAAAGUUCAUAAGCCACUAACACACGAUGAUAUGAACACUUAUAAAGGUAAUGAGAUGACAUUAGUAACGUAUGUCGAUAUCGCCGAGCUCUACGUCAUUAGCGUGACUGAAACACACACCAGAGUGAGAUGUGAUGUGAAAAACGUCCUUGUGAACAAAAGGUCCCCCCCACCCCCCACCCCCGAUCCAGGAUCAGCUCCAGCUACAUUCAAAUACGGCGUACAGAAGGCGAACACUGAUCCCAGAACUGCUCCGACCCUGUUCCGGUCUGAAAUAUCUGUACACUCAAACUUGGUCUUUUCUUUCUGCCUUCUUUUAAACAAAAAAAAAAAAAGAGAGAGA